AUGAUUGUGACAAACGUAACCACAGUGAGUGGCUUCCUCCUCCUGGGGUUCUCUGACAAGAGGGAACUGCAGAUCCUACAUGCUUGGCUCUUCUUGCUGAUGUAUCUGUUGGGCUUGGCAGGUAACUUCAUCAUCAUCACCAUCACAACGCUGGACCCACAGCUCCAAUCUCCAAUGUAUUACUUCCUGAAGCACCUGUCCCUUCUCGACCUCUCCUCCCUGUCUGUCACUGUUCCCCAGUCUAUCUACAAUUCCCUGACAGGAAGUGGAUACAUUUCCUAUUAUCAGUGUGUGCUACAGGUUUUCUUCUUCUUAUCUUCAGGCUGCAGUGAGGUGGCCAUUCUCACAGUGAUGUCCUACGACCGCUAUGUGGCCAUUUGCCUCCCAUUGCACUAUGAGGUCAUCAUGAGUCCCAGAACGUGCAGGUGGGUUGUGACAGCUGUGUGGAUAAGUGGAGGCAUCUCAGGGACCUUGUACACAGCAACCACAUUCUCUAUGAGAUUCUGCAGGGCCAAAAUAAUCCAUCAGUUCUUCUGUGAUAUCCCCCAGUUGCUCAAGCUCUCCUGCUCUAAUGAUUACCUUGGAGUAGUUGGACUGACGGCUUUCAUAUCUGUGAUGACAACUACCUGCUUCACGGCCAUUUGCUUCUCCUAUGUCCAGAUAUUCUCCACAGUCCUCAGGAUGCCCUCUGCAGAAGGUCGGUCUAAGGUCUUCUCCACCUGCCUGCCCCACCUCUGUGUGGUCUCAUUUUUUGUCUCCACUGGUAUAUUUGCAUAUCUAAAGCCAACCUCAGACUCUCCAACUGCUUUAGACCUCGUGCUCUCUAUCUUUUACACAAUACUACCCCCAACACUCAACCCUGCUAUCUACAGUCUGAGAAAUGAGGUCAUGAAAACAGCUCUAAGAAAGUUACUGUCAAGUGAUAGUUUCCCUAGAGGCUAA